UCUCAGCUGGAGCCCGAGGGCAACCUCUUCCAGGUAGUUAGGCACUAGAUCCAACCUUCCAAAGCUGCCUACAGGCAGAGGCCCUGGAUAUCUCCCACCCCAGCACCAGGCCACAAAACCAUGAGCCAGGACGGCAAAGUGAAGACAACAGAGUCCAGCCCCCCUGCCCCUUCCAAGAGCAGGAAGUCACUGCCUAUCCUGGACCCAUCCGGGGAUUACUACUACUGGUGGCUGAACACGAUGGUCUUCCCAGUAAUGUACAACCUCAUCAUCAUUGUCUGCAGAGCCUGCUUCCCUGACUUGCAGCACAGUUAUCUGGUGGUCUGGUGGGUGCUGGACUACACCAGUGACCUGCUGUACCUACUGGACAUCGUGGUGCACUUCCACACAGGAUUCUUGGAACAGGGUAUCCUGGUGGUGGAGAAGAGCAGGAUCUCAUAUCGCUACAUUCGCACAUGGAGCUUCCUUUUGGACCUGGCUUCCCUGCUGCCCACAGACCUGACCUACCUGCGUCUGGGCCCUCACAUACCCACACUGAGGCUGAACCGCUUUCUGCGUGUGCCCCGCCUCUUCGAGGCCUUUGACCGCACAGAGACCCGCACAGCUUACCCAAACGCCUUCCGCAUCGCCAAGCUGAUGCUGUACAUUUUUGUAGUUAUCCACUGGAACAGCUGCCUAUACUUCGCCCUGUCCCAGUACCUGGGCUUUGGGCGAGAUGCCUGGGUUUACCCAGACCCUGCGCAGCCUGGUUUCGAGCGCCUGCGGCGCCAGUACCUCUACAGCUUUUACUUCUCCACCCUGAUCCUCACCACUGUGGGCGAUACUCCGCUGCCAGCCCGGGAGGAGGAGUACCUCUUCAUGGUGGGCGACUUCCUGCUGGCCGUCAUGGGCUUUGCCACCAUCAUGGGGAGCAUGAGCUCUGUCAUCUACAACAUGAAUACUGCAGAUGCAGCUUUCUACCCAAACCACGCACUCGUCAAGAAUUACAUGAAGCUGCAUCACGUCAACCGCCGGCUGGAGCGGCGAGUUAUUGACUGGUACCAGCACCUGCAGAUCAACAAGAAGAUGACCAAUGAGGUAGCCAUCUUACAGCACUUACCUGAGCGACUGCGAGCAGAAGUGGCUGUAUCCGUACACAUGUCCACUCUGAGCCGGGUGCAGAUCUUCCAGAACUGUGAGGCCAGCCUGCUAGAAGAGCUGGUGCUGAAGCUGCAGCCCCAGACCUACUCACCAGGAGAGUAUGUCUGCCGCAAGGGGGACAUUGGCCGAGAGAUGUACAUCAUCCGCGAGGGUCAGCUGGCUGUGGUGGCAGAUGAUGGCGUCACACAGUAUGCCGUGCUCGGUGCAGGGCUCUACUUUGGAGAGAUCAGCAUCAUCAAUAUCAAAGGGAACAUGUCUGGGAACCGCCGCACAGCCAACAUCAAGAGCCUAGGUUAUUCGGAUCUGUUCUGCCUGAGCAAGGAGGACCUGCGGGAGGUGCUGAGUGAGUAUCCGCAGGCCCAGGCUGUCAUGGAGGAGAAGGGCCGUGAGAUCCUGCUCAAGAUGAACAAGUUGGAUGUGAAUGCUGAGGCAGCUGAGAUUGCCCUGCAACAGGCUACAGAGGCCCGGUUGCAAGGCCUCGACCAGCAGCUUGAUGACUUGCAGACCAAGUUCGCACGUCUUCUGGCAGAGCUGGAGUCCAGCGCACUCAAAAUUGCUUACCGCGUUGAACGGCUGGAGUGGCAGACACGAGAGUGGCCGAUGCCCGAGGGCGUGGCCGAGGCUGAUGAUGAGGGUGAGCCUGAGGAGGGCACUUCCAAGGAUGGGGAGGGACCCCCAGGCCCAGUAUAAACCCAUCUCCCUCCCCAGGACCUCCACCUCCAAGUAAAUCCAGAAUCGUGGGAAAGCCUGUUUGCAGAGACACCACCAUCAUGCCUGCUAAGUCAGAGAUGGGAGUGAAUUAGGUCUGUAGGUGCCCAGCCAGAGAUGUAGGAGUAUAGCACACAUUCACCCCCUGCUCACUAGCACACAUACACACACCCAGUUGCGCACACACACACACGGGUCUCAAGACUGUGCGUUCCAUAUAAAAAUGCUCUUGAGUUCCCAUUCAGAGUACACAUGCUUUCUCAGAAACAUAGACAUGUUUUACACCCACAUAAUAAAUACGCACUCAGUCAUGCACCCCAUAAACACAUAUAUGCUGACAGUCACACACCAACAGACACAAAAAUGCCCUCCACAGGUGUGCACACACUUGUGAACACACAAAAGCACACCCACAGCCCUCUGCAUCCAGAAUGUCCUUUAAAUGCCUCCUGUAUAGGCU